AUGCCUUCUGCCACAACAGAUGCAACCGGCUUUCGUGAUCGAGCAAUCAACGGAAUGGCGAGAUCAUAUAAACGAGUGUCGGAUACAUUUGGAAAGAUGACGAUACUGCAGAGGAUAGGGACGGUGUUCGCUGGAAUUGGUGCGAUAAUCCUCGGACUUGGCUUCAUGGCUGUUACGGGACAGAUAUUCGCAUGGCUGGGACCCGUGGCCAAGGACUGGGAGAAUGCGCCGCUUGCAUACGUUAUAGUAUGGCUAUGCACAUUUUUGAUAUCCUUUCCUCCGAUGGUUGGAUGGUCGACAGUUGGAACUGUGGCCGGGUUUAUCUUUGGGAUUUGGAAAGGAUGGGCGGUAUAUGCAUCCGCAAGUGUUAUUGGGUCGACUUGUUCCUUCUUCGUUUCGCGUACAGUUCUAUCCAAGUUCGUCCAGCGGCUCAUGAAGCAUGAUAAGCGAUUUGCCGCAUUAUCAUUAACCCUGAAAUACGACGGGUUGAAACUUCUAUGCAUGAUCCGAUUAUGCCCGCUGCCGUACUCACUAUGUAACGGUGCUGUUUCGACUUUCCCAACAGUGAACCCGUUCAUGUAUGGUCUUGCCACGGCCAUCAUUUCGCCAAAAUUCCUUGUACCCACAUUUAUCGGCAGCAGGCUGAGGAUUUUAUCCCAGGAUGGCGGGGAAAUGAGUGCUGGCUCCAAAGCAGUCAAUAUCAUAAGUAUUGUCAUCAGUGUAGGAGCCGGUGUCUUUACAGGGUGGUACAUUUACAAACGCACCCUUGCCCGCGCCAAGCAGCUUGAGGCCGAGGAGCGCGCCAACCUUCGUGGUCCAACAGCAAAUAAUCGAUCCGACCCAGAGGGGUUUGAGGAUAGCUUAAAUGGUAUGUCAGCACCAAACGCUCUUGCAAGGGACGAGGAAGAGGCCUUCGGUUUCGACGAUGAUGUGGCUAUUGAUAUUGAUGACGAUAAUAUCGUCCUCGAUCCUCAGUAUCACGAUUUUACGGAUAAUGAGUCGGAUAUAUUUGCUGACGGUGAUGGAGACGACAAAGACGAAGCUUAUAAGUUACACCGACACGUGGAUUCGAGAUAA